CCAUUUCUCUCCCUCUCCCUCUUCCUCUCUCUCUCUCUCUCUCUCCCUCUUUGCCUUCGCCCUCGCCCUCGCCCUCGCCCUCAUCUCGUCGUCUUCGCCGAGCGCACGGAUCUUUUCGGAGCCUGCGAAGAUCGGCGAUCGCCAACCUCGGAUUGGUUCCUCUCCCGUGGCUUCCGAAGAUCGUCUACUGCAGAGUGAGCCGUUUUGUGGGUAAAAUGGUGAAACUAACGAUGAUAGCACGAAUCACCGAUGGUCUUCCAUUGGCGGAAGGGUUAGAUGAUGGUCGCGAUCAGAAAGAUGCUGAUUUCUAUAAGCAGCAAGCAAAACUUUUGUUCAAGAAUCUGUCAAAAGGGCAUUAUGAGGCCUCGCGGAUGUCAAUUGAGACUGGUCCUUACUACUUUCACUAUAUAAUUGAAGGGCGUGUUUGCUAUCUGACAAUGUGUGAUCGUUCAUAUCCAAAGAAACUUGCUUUUCAGUACCUGGAAGACCUAAAAAAUGAGUUUGAAAGGGUCAACGGGAAUCAAAUUGAAACUGCUGCAAGGCCGUAUGCUUUUAUCAAAUUUGACACUUUUAUACAGAAGACCAAGAAACUCUACAUGGAUACUCGGACCCAAAGAAAUCUAGCAAAGUUAAAUGAUGAACUUUAUGAAGUGCACCAGAUCAUGACUCGUAAUGUUCAAGAAGUUCUUGGUGUUGGUGAAAAGCUGGACCAGGUCAGUGAAAUGUCUAGUAGGUUGACAUCCGAAUCCCGCAUCUAUGCUGACAAGGCAAAGGAUUUAAAUAGGCAGGCUUUGAUUCGGAAAUGGGCUCCUGUCGCAAUUGUGCUCGGAGUCGUCAUGGUUCUAUUUUGGGUCAAAACAAAGAUAUGGUGAUUCUGCUGAUUCAGCAGCGUUUUAGAGUUUGCGCAACAGAAUGUGUUGAAUUCGGUUCAAGCAUUAAAGCAUAUCAACAUGAUAGCCGCUUCAACUGCCUAGAGAUGCUUCGAAACGGCUUCUUUCUACAGCGUCUUCUCCUUAAAGCAAGUAAAACUCGGUUGCCUUUUUACUCAUCCCCAUCAGAGUUUCAUUCGAAGAAAUAUAUCCCUUAUAAUUCCGACUUAGCUGAGUAUUCUAUGAAAUUCAAUUCUUUUAGUUUUACUUUGUAAAAAGUUGGCAUUGGUAGAGUCUCCGACGUCUAGUUUUGCCGACUUCCAUGCCGUAUGGACAAAAUCUGCUCGCCAUCGCUGUUGAUCCUUGCCUUGUAGAACGACUGGUAUGUCAGUUUGUUUCCUCAAUGUCCAGUUCAUAUGAAUGUUCCCACCAUUACUCCUUUUGGGUAGAUGGAUAGUUCCCAUGCCAUCCCAAUGUUGAAGUUUGUCCAUGCGCAUCCACUCAAAUAGUUUAAACCUUGAACUUUUACAUA